AUGUUGAUUCUAAUGGAACUCACCUUGUAUUAUUUUGAUUUCAUUUGUGCAUGCAACAAAAGCACGAAUCAGAAGCUGGCAGGUGUCCAAGAUCUUGAAGGCCUUAUUCCAGAUUGGGCUGAAAAAGUUGCAUCUGAGGCCCAGCUAAAGCCAUCUGUGCCACUUAGCACGUGCACUUCCAAGACACCCCAAAUAGUGGAGUUUGAUGCUGACCUUGAUGAUGAUGAGUACUAUGAGCUGCUGGCAACCCAGGGUGGAAAGGACUUGGUGCAUUUGGUGGAGAAACCAAGAAACACCUCAAAAGGCCUCAAGUGUCCACUUCCUGUCCUGAAAGAACCUGAGUAUGCUGAGCAGGAUGAAUUUGAGCUUCUCAAUGACUCAGAGGCUGCUGGAGAUGCAGAGGAGCAGUAUGAUGGCGAUAUGGAAAUGGUGGAUGAUGAUGGAUGCGCAGAUCAGAAAAGCUUGAAGGCUGAGGCUAUUAUGUCAGUUGAUAUCUCAGACUCGAAGAUCGCCAGCAAGCUGGUCAAGACUGAGGAUACCAUCUCCCACAAUCCACGCACCAAGAUCAAAAAAGGUCAAGCCAAGAAUGCAGACCUACUAGGGGCUUGGCCUCAGCUCAUAUGCUGUGCCCCUUACCCAAAGGACUUCCGGAGGCUGGCUACUCUGGUGGAGAGUGCAGGAGGACUUCCGGAGGAGCGCGGGAAACGUCCGGAGGAGCAUGGGAGAGUUCCGGAGGAAUGCAGGAAGUGCUCAGGAGAGUUCCCACUGCAAGGUAAUACUUCUACAGGAAAACAGGAUGGAAGGAUAGGAGGUCUGGAGGACAGGAGGUCUGGAGGACAGGAUGUCUGA